AUGGAGAAUAAAAUGUUGCUACAUCCUAAGCCAGCCAGAUCUCUGAAGAACCUUUGGGCAAACCUGGGGACUUCAGCCGGACAGGGUGCUCUGGCUAUACUCAGCGGUGCUCCGGCCAAGACCGCUCUAUGCUGCUGUGAUCUGGUGGCCAAGGACACAGCUCGAGCAUCGCUGAAACGCGUCAGGGCUCUUAUUUUAAGAAGGGCUUUUGGAGCAAUGAGGACAACGCCGGUGGCAGCAAUGAGAGUGCUGCUCGGCAUUGAACCACUCCAUCUUGCGAUAGUAGCGGCAGCGGCGGCCACUGCGUACAAGUUGAAGUGUGUGGGCAAAUGGACGGUUGGGGUGGGUCACACUCGGAUACCACGGGAGAUCCAGAUGGAAACCGUGUUGGAAAUGAGGCAAAACAGGAUGCCAAGAAGAGUGGGAGAGGCACGAGGUGCUAUUAGGAAUGGGGACGUCUGGUACACGGAUGGCUCCAAGACUGACGGGGGCGCUGGUGCCGGGAUCUUUGGAAGCCGUGGUGGAUUCAGGGAAGCUCCCCCCCUCGGAGAAUUCACCACGGUAUUCCAAGCGGAGGUGGUGGCAAUCAUGAGCUGCGCUCAAACGCUGAUUGCAUCAGGGGAGACGGACAGGCGCAUCAGGAUCUGCUCGGAUAGUAGAGCGACCCUGGGGGCGCUGCGGGCGUGCGUCUUUGACUCGUGGCUAGUCUGGGGGUGCAAGGGUGCAUUGGACAGGCUUUCUGCGGACAAUGACGUCGCUCUUGUGUGGGUCUCGGGGCAAUCGAGAAUCAAAGGCAAUGAGAUUGCUGAUGAGCUAGCAAGAAGCGGCUCAUCAGCCAGUUUGGUUGGAUCGGAACCGGCCCUUGGACUGCCCAACUGUAGUGAUAGGGCAAAAAUAAAGGACUGGCUACGGGACCGCCACAUGGAAGGAGGAAACAAGGACCAAGUGCCGGCAAGGGCCCUGCUGGGAGAAGUGCCCAGUAGAAACCUUGCUAGGAGUAUUAGGGCCUUAAGAAGAGGGGAGGCCAGGCUGGCGGUGCAAAUCUACAUGGGCCAUGACUUCACCAACUACCAUAUGCACAAGCUAGGGCUUAGUGAUAACCCGAAGUGCAGGAAGUGCGAACACGGAAAAGAGACUACUCUCCACGUCCUAUGCGAAUGUCCAGCAUAUGCUGGACAUAGGCGGCUUCUACUGGACUCGAUAUUUCUCGAGCCCGAGCAG